CUUGUAUCAGCUUCGAAAAGCGAUUCGAAAAGCGUCAAUCGCUCAGUAGCCGCGUCAUUUUCGUAUUGGGCAAAAAACAAAGCGUCCAUUUUGCCGUUUGCCAUUUGCCUCUACAGUGGCUCAAAACAAUUACAGAAGCGGGUUACGGGUGCCCCCAAGAGCAUUACGUAGCAAAAACCAAAGCAACGCCUCAACCGAAACAUUGAAAUAACUUCGUGCUACUAUAUGCCUGCCCAGUGACUAAAGGUCAACAUUUUGUAGCAGCUAUGAGGCGAUAAAACAGAGCGAAGCAUGGUGCACACAUAGAAAACAAACCACACACACACACACACACACACGCUCAUCUAUAUAAAAGUGAAAUAAAAACAAGCAUUUAACAAAUAUGCAUAUGUAUUGAUGUACAUAUUUGUAUACAUUAAAAGCAAGUGCCAUGGAAUCGUGUAUGAAAACAAACUGAACAAGGGACUCAGAAACAGAAACAGGAAAAGUGCCCCAAAACUGAAUUAACACUACACAGAAAAGCACCAAAAUUUAGCCAAAUACAAACCAAAAACUUUGUUUAAACAAUGAUAUGGCAAAUAUUUGCUUACACAAUGCAAACAAACAAGUAAUGACAAAUACGUACAAAUAAAACAAUAUUGUUAUAAAGACCGACUUUCAAGUGAGUAAAUAAUUGCACAAAAGUUGCAUAAAACAACAACGACGACAACAAAAAGCCAAAACAAAAUAUACCGCAACUACAGCUACAACAGCAACAACAAACAAACAAAAUGCACGUGUAUUACAAAUUUGGAUUACUGCUCAUUUUUUUGCUCAGCGUAAGCAUCAGUCAUACAAAUGCAGCGCCUGCCCAAAAUCAGAGCAAUGUGGAAUACGAUUACUAUGGCGAUGAUGACGAUUACAGUGAUGAGCAGCUGAGCAGCGAUGGAAAGUCGCCGGAGACGGCAGAAAAUAGACUGAUGCCCACAUCAUCGACGACAACAACAACCACAUUUCGACCGAUCUUUAACAUACCACGACGCAGCAACCACGUGCUGGAGCCGAGCUGUCCACGCGCCUGCCACUGCCUCGAGGACUACAAAUAUGUGCAGUGUGCCAAUGCACAUCUCACACAUGUGCCCCUAGACAUGCCCAAGACGGCGGCCAUUAUAGAUUUAAGUCACAAUGUCAUUGCCGAGCUGCGUGCUGAGGACUUCGCCAAUUUGUCCAAAGUAGUGGAAAUCAAUUUGAAUUAUAAUCUGUUGAGCCGAGUCGAUAAGGAGGCAUUCAAUGGCCUGGAACGGCUGCAACGACUGCGUCUAACAAACAAUCGACUGACGAAAAUAGAGCCCGACACUUUUGCAGGCGCCGCAGAUUUGUCGCAACUCGAUUUGAGCAACAACAGCAUUUCGCAACGAACUGAUGGCUCGUUUCUCAAUCAGCCCAGUCUGACUGAGUUCAGCUGCUCGAAUUGCAGUUGGACGCAUCUAACAGAUCAGACAUUUGUCAAUAUGAGCUCCUUGAAUGUUCUACGUUUGGAUCACAACGAUUUUAAAAAGCAAAUCAAUACGCGAGCUUUUACGCCGCUAAAAAAUCUCAUCAAAUUAAAACUGCCUGAAUUGGACCAACAGAAUAUUGAGGAUCUGUGCAAUCUGCUCAAGUCCAUUGACAACAUCAGCUUCAAACACUUUGAUGUCAGCUGCUUUGAACUGGUAUUGGGCACAUCAUUCAACGAGAGUCUAAUAUUCGCCACAGACCCGCCUUUCAAGCGUGUGACCGACUUGCCCACAACAGUCAAGACAACGCCAGCGCCCCAGCGCACAGCAAAUCGCAACAAACACAACAACAAAAUGUCCAACGACACGACGUCAAUAACACCAGUAAAGGCCGGCAUUUUGAGUGAAAGUAGCGAUGGCGUUGCCACCUCCUCGGGACCAACAGAUACAGGGAAGGAAAAUCCAAAUCAGGUGUCAAUAUCAGAGGAUACGAUUAACACGCUGCUUAUAUGCAUUAUGGUCAUUGCCAUAAUAGGCAUCAUUAUUGGACUAAUCUGCCGCAAGGACGUUUUCGGCAUAAAAACCAAAUGCUGCCGCACUAGCAAACCGGAGCCAAAGGAUCAGGUACAUCCCACCGAGGAGAUACCAUUGAAUAAAUUAGCCUAAGACGACUCCACUCCCCAAAAAAAGUUUCCAAAGUUUCAUAGAUAUCAAGCAUUGAGAACAAAAAUUCCACAGAGGGCAUUUUUUGCGACAUUAUACAAUGUAAAAUGUAUCUGCCAGAUACAGUCUAAAUAGACUAAGCACAUACAUUCACAUACAUGCUACUUUCUAAUCGUUUAUAUCGUGGUUUUUAUAGCUUCGACCCAUUGACGUCACCCAGCCGUAGACUCCAUUGUUCGGGAAACUAUAUUUAAACUCGUAUACAUCGUUCACAAUAGCAAAUGAAUUCCAAAAUUGUUGCAAUUAGUUUUAGCUAAAAGUAUGCCUAGUUUAAGCUGCCUAGUCGCUUAGCGUAUCAGUAGUUUAGUUAGUUGUGUUGGUAAAGAUAUGUAUGUUUAUAUAUACAUACCUAUAUGCAUAUAUACACAUACGAGCAAAACGAGCAUUCUAUAUGGUUAAGUUUGGAUCACAUUUUACGACAUUAGCUAUAUCAGCUCUUGGAUAAAUGCUAAGUUCAUACUGAAAAUAAUGAAUAGGAGUAGCUCCUAGAAAUGUAUUGUACUUGCAGUACAAAGUUUUUCCAAUAUAUAAUAAACAAUGAUUGUAAAUAGUUGAAAA